AGAAAUUUAAAAACAAAAAAAUAGAAUGAUUCGUUUUACUUUGGUAUGCUUAGCAGCCACUGCUCUGGUAAUAUCUGCCAAGUUGACCACCACUAAAAUUCCGUUCAUCAUAAAUGAAAAAGGUCAUAUGUGGUUGCUGGUCUCUGAAAUGAAUUAUAGCCUGAAUACAAAUUUAACACUGAAGAUAAAAGAUGCAAUUUGUACAACAAAAAUAGAUUUCAGUAGAGCAAAUGAGAAAGAAAAGAAAGAGAAAAAGGGAAUCAGAACUAUGAUUGUCUCAUGUAAAGAGGAAUUACUGAAACGGGAGUCAGCUAAGGAUAAUAAAAAGCCUGAAAAGCCAAGCAAGAAGAAUUAACUUGAUGGCCUGAAAUUGUGAAUACCA